UGUUUUGUUUCGGCUGUACAACUGAAGAAGGAGAAGAGUCUGUGCUCCAGGCCUCGGACCCGGAAGUUUACAGACAGCGAUAUUUAAUGUGUAAAGGUUUAAUGUUCUAAACAUGUCGGAGAUGUUAGUGAGGGGGAUGGAAGAAGUGUCUCUUAUUCAGUCGGAGGAAGAGGAGAAGGGGAACAGACGGAGUUUUCUGCUUAUUGAUGAGAAUGAAAGUCUGCAGGUGGAAGAUGAAGGCCGGUUCCUGAGGAAACUGGGCUGCAGUGCGGCUGAAGGAGUCAAAGUGCUCUCCAUCUUCGGCAACACCGGCGAUGGCAAAUCUCACACGCUCAACCAUGUUCUGUUUGACGGCGAGGACGUGUUCGCCACGUCUCCCUCUCCCGCCUCGUGCACUAUCGGAGUGUGGGCGGCCUACGAGCCUCUUCUGGGCCUGAUUGUGCUGGACACCGAGGGUCUGCUGGGGGCGGCCACACACCAGAACCAGCGAAUGCGCCUGCUGUUAAAAGUGCUGGCCGUAUCCGACGUAGCCUUGUACCGCACGCGUGCAGAGCGUCUGCACAACGACAUGUUCCACUUCUUCGGAAGCGCUUCAGCUGCGUAUCUGAAGUACUUCACACCUCAGCUGCGUGCUCUGUCCAGUCGCUGUGGGCUCGAAGUCCCGCUCUCAAACCUCGGUCCAGCGGCGGUGGUGUUCCAGGAGACCUCACGUACUCAGCUGCUGGGUCAUGAUACCACCGUCCCAGCAGACAUUGUGCUUCAGAAGCGUUUCCAUGACCUGGGCCUGAGCACAGAAGCGUUCAGCUCGGUGCAGUACGUGGGCACGCAGACCAUCACACCUCCUACAGACUUCUCUCAGCUGAAGGACACCAUCACAAAGCAGGUGAAGAGCACAGCGUCACGAGCCCCGCGCCAGCCCAACAUCGUCUUCAGCGCACUGCAGGCCCUGAGCGAUCGGUUCUGUGGAGAUAUCGCCGAUGAUAAAAUUAGCAUGUACUCGUUCUUCCCUGAUGAGUAUUUCACCUGCCCUUCUGUCUGCCUCAGCUGCAGCAUUCGCUGUAAGAACGGCAUGAAUCACCAGAAAGACCGAGUGCCUCACAUGGCAGAUGGACUGUGUCAGUACACUCAUCAGUACAACAACAAGGUCCUCAUAUGUAAGAAAUGUUAUGAAGGAGGCAGAGAAGUGAUCGUUGUCCCCAAAACAUCAGCCUCCUCUGAUAACCCCUGGUUCGGUCUGGCGAAGUACGCCUGGUCGGGGUACGUGCUGGAGUGUCCACACUGUGGCAUCAUCUACAGGAGCAGACAGUACUGGAUGGGGAACCAAGACCCCGAGAGCACCGUAGUGCGCACUGAGGUCAAGCACGUCUGGCAGGGGUCAGAAGUAUUCCAGGCAGACCACCAGAACGCGGCCCAGCGAGUGUUAGAUGGUGUAAACUACGUCCUCCAGUCAGUCUCAGAGUACAGCUCUGGUCCCACUAAAGCAGUCACAACCUGGAUCACAGAUCAGGUGGCGCCGCCUUACUGGAGACCAAAUACUGAAAUUACAGAGUGUCACGGCUGUAAACGCUUGUUCGAGGAGGUGGAGAGGAAGCACCACUGCCGUGCCUGCGGUGAGGGUUUCUGUCAGGCCUGCUCUACCCGCAGCAUGCCCGUGCCCGAGAGAGGCUGGGGCAAGAACCCUGUGCGAGUUUGUGACUCCUGCCACCAGAGAGGAUCAGCUCCACAAGCUGUCAAGGCAGCGGAGCAGACGGAGCCAAAGGCACUGGUGGCCCGCAGGGUGACGGAGGUGGCGCAGUCUACGCUGGACAUCGUCUCCACUGCAGUAGACUACUCUCUGUGUUUUGUAAAAGGUGUAGCCAGACCUGACUACUGGGUUCCAGACCACGAGAUCACGCAGUGCCACCAGUGUACCAAGGCGUUCAGCUCCAGCGUGUCCAAGCACCACUGCCGUGCGUGUGGUCAGGGUGUGUGUAGUGUGUGCUCGUCUCAGUGCCGCCCCGUGCCCUCCCGCGGCUGGGAUCAUCCGGUGAGGGUGUGUGAUGCCUGCGUCACUCAGUUAGACUCCCAGUGAGUCCGAAACUGGUGGCACACUAAAACCCUGUGGCUCUCAGAAUUCCGCCAUUUGUUCCGGUGUAUUUUACCUGAAGGCAUUAAUCUAAAACAUCAGUAAGAUGAUGUACACGGAUGCCGUCGACGAACGCUGAAUUAAUCAGUAGCUUUUAAAUCCCUCUGCUUUGCUUUGGGAUCAGAUUCCUGGGCUUUCCAGUGCCUCCCCUCGUGUAUCGUCCUAUAGCACGAUGUUUAUUACUCUCUCAGCACUACAGCUUGUAGUUUAAUGUUCAUAAAGAACAUUUUCAGGAGAAUUCAGGGCAGGAAAAUUCCCACUGUGAACAUGUAAUGUUUAUUACAGGGUGGGUGUGACGGAGCGGCGUCACUCGGACGCUCGUCACGAUAAAUCAGGUACUUAUCAAUAAUCUGCGGGUUUCUGCACCACGCAAACGUAUCGACAUAUAAUAAAGAAAAAAAAUGCACUGAUUAAAGACCUGUUUGUGUGGGUGAUUUAAUCUGUCCAGAAUAACACACCCACUUAGAAGCCCCGCCCCCUCCGUCUCAUCGCAAACCGGUAUUCUCUCGAUCUAAAAGUUUGUGGUGAAGGUUUAGAGACUGGACAAUGAAUUUAAUUCGUGUAAUUUAUCCGUCAAGUACAACAAAAUAUAUCCAGGCAUCAGUUCAGUGUGUUUAGAAAACACGACGUGGGAUUUAUUCACUUUAUUCCCCUUUGCAGUUGCAGGUCGGUUCAGGACAUUAACGCAGUCUGUCUCUGGGCUUCUUCUUGUUUACAUUUUACUGAACACUAUCGUGUGACCGUUAUUUGAUCAGAUCUACAGAGCAGGAAGGUGUGGAGUCAGAGGCUUGAUCACUACUGGAGAAUGAACCUGUUAGGUUAUUGGUGCUUGACUGUGUGGUACAGCAGUGCUGUCACCGAGCACAUGAUCAACACACUGCUGAGUUAUGCAACCAUUAAUACACACACUAACACAGCUGCCUUGCUUUUUAACUUUGUUCAGUCGGAGGUGUACGAGAUCACGUCUGCUCCGUCAGGGUCUCCUGUAGACAUCGUUGAGGGUCAUUAUGUCUGUUCCUCGGUGACCAUAUAUAUAUAUAUAUUACACUGCGACUUGGAAACGUUCACGCAGUUAAACAGUCCAUCGAUCUACACUAUUAAAUGAGUCGGGUGUGUUCGUCUCUCUUCCUCGGUGGACCUACAGGCUUAAGAAGUCUUUCUUAAGGCUUAAGAUCAGUUAUGACAAUUGUCUUCAUGGUUAAUUAGCGUAAACUCCAACUGUACACACCUCUAGUUAUGCAGUAUCACAUGAGCCAGAGCUCAAAGCCACAGGCUGCAGGGUAGAAUUUCUACAGGUGCCAAUAAUUUCUCUUGCGUUUCUCUAAGCAAAUUAACCACAAAGACAUGUUUUCUUAGCCCUCUAACGGGGUGCCAAUACUUCUGGAGCUAUUAUUAUUAAUUAGAAGGCAGCAGCUAAAGCUGUAUCUGGAAAUAAACUUCAGUGGAUGAAUCUGUAUUCAUCUGUAGGUAGGAAGGGGCGGGGAUUCAGAUCAGCAGCCAAUCACAGUCGAGGAAAGUAACAUCUCACACCACCUGAAGAUGUUUCAGUAAGAGUGUGUAUCGAGAUGUAGCUGAGAUUUUCUUACAGUAAAGUAGGCGUGUCUUCAUAAUUAGUCAUUUUAUUAUUAAUAAUAAUAUUAAAAAAUGUUUUAAUGUUAGAUUUACACAGAAGUAGCUUUUGAUGUCCUGCUAGUUUAGUGUGUGGGUGUGUGUGUGUGUCAGUGUGUGUGGGUGUGUGUUGGUUGUUCGUGUGUGUGUCGGUAUGUGUGUAGGUGUGCGUGUGUCAGUAUGUGCUUGAGUGUGUGGGUGUGUGUCGGUGUUUGUGCGGGCGGGCGUGUAUGUCGGUAUGAGUGUGUGGGUGUGUGUGUGUGUGUGUAUGUAUGUGUGUGUGUGUGUGUGUGUGUGUGUGUGUGUGUGUGUGUGUGUGUGUGUGGAUCCUGUUUAGAUGUUCCUAUCUCCUGGCUCUGUAAUGUGUUGAUCACAGGAUCAGCAGCUCGAGGUUCUGCAUCAAUAUAUUGCACUUUAACUAGUUAUUUAAUCUUUUCUGCCAUUAUAGAGCAAAAUAUUAUAAACAUAUAAAGAUAUCACCACAAUCAUCUAGCACAAACCAGUCCGUUACUGGUUCAGUCCCAGCAGGAUGAAUCCUGGUCUCCUGACCACACCUCUGUCUGACUCAGCAUCUGCUCUGGAGCUUCUCACACCCGAGUACCAAAGCGAGUGGACGUCAUGAUCAGAACAUCUCUCCACCUUCUGGUCCUGUCACAUGUUUAAAAUGCUCUUCAUCUGGUUUACGGGCAGCACUUUAUCUGUUUAAGCAAUUUAACGGAAUAUCUGGAAAAUUCUUUUUGUAAUUUCCAAACUGUGGACUGGAACAAAUCCUACUGGACUUUUAUGAUGUAAUUAACCAAAUAAUUCUGUUGGUCAUGUAUUAAGUUUUAUAAUCCACUCUUAACUUUUAUGAAUAUUAAAGAAUAUGAUGAGAUCAAA